AUGCCUCGGAAGCGGGGUACAUCGACGAUAAGAAGCCCAGGCUCCAAACUUCGUGAGAAGGACAGAACCCAAAAUGAAGGAUCGAAAGAAACAAGAGGCUCGCUUUGGAGUAACGUCGCUCUGGCGAUAGGAGUACUUGCCGUUGGUGCAUUGAUCCCAAUAAUUCUUGGUCUCCUCGACAAAACCCAAAAGACCACCAGUAUCGACCUCAAGAAGCUACCAGCCACCGCUCAAGUAAUCGACCAGAAGAGCUUCAACGUCCUCCAACAUGUUCCGCCGCCAAAAGAAGCCAAUGCAACAACACGAUUUCUGUGGCCAGGAGUCACCUACGAAUCCCUCACCAAGCGGCCAUUUCAUAUUUAUGAUGCAGAAUUCCUAGACAUUAUUGGCAACGAUCCCACUUUGACCCUGAUCGCUACUUCAAACACAGACCCAAUCUUUCACGAAGCUGUUGUGUGGAGCCCUGGCACCAAAGAGGUCUUUUUCGCCCAAAACGCAGGUGAUCCGGCAGCUGGCACUGGCCUUGAAAAGUCUUCGGUCGUUCAGAAGAUUUCCUUGAGUGAUGCCGAAGCUGUAAAGAAUGGGACUCAUAUGUCUGAAGAAGUAGAGGUCAAGAUUGUGGAUUCAACACCACAAGUCAUUAACCCGAAUGGCGGGACAAACUACAAAGGUCAAAUCAUCUUUGCGGGAGAAGGACAAGGAGACAAUAUCCCAUCGGCUCUUUAUCUGAUGAACCCCAGGAGCCCACAUAAUACAACAAUACUUGUUAAUAACUACUUUGGAAGACAGUUCAACUCAAUCAACGACGUCUCUGUCAAUCCCCGUAAUGGCGACAUUUAUUUCACGGACACCAUGUACGGCUACUGGCAGUAUUUUCGCCCACAGCCAGGACUGCAGAACCAAGUAUAUCGCUUCAAUCCGGAGACUGGAGCCUUGACUGUUGUCGCUGAUGGUUUUGUCGCCCCGAACGGCCUCACAUUCUCUCCAGAUGGACAAUAUGCGUACGUGACAGACACUGGUAUCAGCAAUGCGCUUUUCGGAUUGAACUUUACACGUCCUGCUUCCAUCUAUCGUUUCGACGUCCAGAGAGAUGGAACCUGGGAGAAUCGAAAGACUUUUGCAUACGUAGCAGCGCGUCUACCUGACGGGAUACACUGUGAUUCUAAGGGUAACGUGUACGCAGGCUGUGGAGAUGGUGUACAUGUUUGGAAUCCUUCGGGGAAGCUCAUCGGGAAGAUCUACACAGGAAUCAACGCAGCCAACUUUCAGUUCGCUGGAAAGGGCCGUAUGGUGAUUAUGGGGAGGACGAAGCUAUUCUAUGCCACGCUUGCGGCCUCUGGGGCACCCCUGAGCUGA